CAGGCGCGAAAGAAAUGGGGAGAAGAAAACAGAAAUGCUUGCUCUCUUCCUCUCUUCUUCUUCGUAUCCAACACUCUCUUUCCUCUCCAGAUCUGUAACUCUAGACCCAGCCAGACGAACAACACUCUCAGCUCUCACAAUGUCGAUGAACCUAAGAACCCACGCGUACGCAGGCAAUCCAUUGAGAUCCAGAACCCCGAAAUCAACCGAUCCUUUCUCACCUUCUUCCGCUUUCGAAUCCCUUAAAACCCUAGUCCCAGAAAUCCCUAAUCACCCGAAGCCUUCCCCGGAUUUCAAGGUCCUUCCAUUUAGCAAGGGCCGGCCACUGGUGUUCUCGAGCGGUGGAGACGCUAAUACGACGCCUCUUUGGCAUCUGAGCUGGAUCAGCUUGGCUGAUUGCAAAGGUAUGUUGGCGAGUUCUGGGGUUGAUCUGAGCGAGGACUCGCUUGUGUAUUUAGGACCCAAGGUAGAGGAAGAUUUGGUGUAUUGGGCGGUUGAUCUGCCGGAAGAAGACGGCGUGGUGGUUUCUGAAUUUGCAGGUAGGAAGCUGUGUUUCGUCGACCUUCGAACCCUAAUGGUAGCUGCUGAUUGGGCUGAUCAACGCGCUAUGGAUGAAUUGGCUAUUGCCGGUCACGCCAGGGCAUUGCUUGAGUGGCACAACGUAUCACGAUUUUGUGGAUCUUGUGGAGGUAAAACUGUUCCAAAGGAAGCAGGAAGGAGAAAACAAUGCUCAAACGAGACAUGCAAGAAGCGAGUUUAUCCCCGUGUUGACCCGGUGGUUAUAAUGUUAGUUAUUGAUCGAGAAAAUGAUCGCGCACUGUUAAGCAGGCAAUCUAGAUAUGUACCGAGAAUGUGGAGUUGUUUAGCUGGGUUUAUUGAGCCAGGGGAAAGCUUAGAAGAAGCUGUGAGACGAGAAACAUGGGAAGAGACAGGCAUUGAAGUGGGACAAGUUGUCUACCACAGCUCUCAGCCUUGGCCUGUGGGACCAAGUAGCAUGCCAUGCCAAUUGAUGCUCGGGUUCUUUGCUUUCGCCAAGACGCUUGACAUAACCGUAGACAAAGAUGAGUUAGAAGAUGCUCAAUGGCACAGUAGAGAAGGUGUGAAGAAAGCCCUGGCUUUUGCAGAAUACAGGAAGGCGCAAAGAACAGCGGCUUCAAAGAUAGAGCAGAUCUGUAAAGGUGUGGAGAGAAGCCAGAGCCUAUCAACCGAUUUCAAUGUCGAAAGCGGUGAGCUCGCUCCUCUGUUCAUCCCUGGGCCAUUUGCCAUUGCACACCACCUGAUCUCAACAUGGGUUGAUCAGGGUCCAGGCGAUAUUCACUCAAAACAACAACCAGGCGUCUCUCUCUCAAGUUUGUAGCUAGAAAUAUACGACUUUGAUGCUUUGAGAAACUUAAAGUCUGCUAUUGCUUUGAUGCGUAUUUUGAAUUGCAUAGUCCUUGGUGUAUGUACUUGCUCCUUGCCAUUUGGUGCAACACCAAUUUAUAUUAAAAGAUUUACUUCAAUAAUUUGUAGAUGUAAUCUAAUCUAGUUAUUUUAUUCUACAACAAU